AUGGCAGAAGAAGAUCAAGGUAAGUGUCCAGUCGACCACUCUACAAGAGAUGCUUGGUUGAAGAAAGCAAAUGUUGCACCAGAACCAGUUCCUAUUUCGGACCAACCGAAAUGUCCUGUAGAUCAUGAUGCUAGGUCUGACUGGUUAAGCAAAGUUUCAGUUGUACAGACAACGAAACAAGAACCAGAAGCCAUAGAAGUAAGUUCUACAGCUACCUGUAGUUCUGAUAAGUUGGACACUUCAGCUACCGAUAUUAGUGACUCAAACAUGAAGCUUCCUACUGAGAGAGAGAUUAGUUCUAUUCCUCGUACCUCUGGCCAGUCCAACUGGAUCUACCCAUCUCAAAAGCAAUUCUUCGAAGCAAUGAAGCGUAAAAAUUGGGAGCCAGAAGCACAGGAUAUGAAAACUGUUGUACCUAUACAUAAUGCCGUCAAUGAAAAGGCAUGGCUGCACAUUUUAAAUUGGGAAAGAUCUCAUUAUCAGCAAUCUUUAGCGCAAUGUGGUGGUAUAAAGUUGACUAGUUUCAAAGGGGAUCUGAAGAAGCUUACACCAAGAGCAUGGUUCAAUUCAACCAUCUUAGGAUACGAAAAACCCUUCGAUAGGCAUGAUUGGAUAAUCGAUAGAUGUGGAACAGAAGUAGAGUACGUUAUUGAUUUCUACGGAGGUAAUGGUAAAGGGGCAAGCUUCUUCUUGGACGUGAGACCAAAGAUCAACAAUUGGGAAGGUUUAAAGUUACGAUUCGGAAGAGCUUUUGGAUGGGAAUAG